AUGGAAGCAGCGAUCUCUGCCGUCUUGUUGGAGGAAGAUGCUGAUGAUGAUUUAUUGCUCUCAUGCUUCCUAGAAGAUGACAGCGAUAUAUUUAGAAGGAGAGAAGACGAGGGAUGUUAUAGUGUGUUGAUAUUACGUCACUUAAUUGAUAACGAAACUAAAUUUAGAGAAUAUUUCAGAGUGUCGACUGAGAUAUUUGAUACAAUAUUAGGCUUUGUUAAAGAAGACAUCACGAGAUCGCAGUGCAACAGAGUCAAAAGGCCAAUAUCUGCUGAACAGAAGUUAUGUCUUACUCUCAGGUUUAUGGCCACGGGAGAGAGUUUUCGUUCACUGGCGUUUCAAUUCAGAAUAUGCCCUAGCUGGGUAAGUAUUAUUAUAAAAGAGACAUUGCAAUCUAUUUGUUCAAAAAUGUUGAAUUCUUCAAUACCAUCACCUGACCAAGAUGUUUUAAAACGUUCUUCCAUUGGUUUUCAUCGCAAAUGGAACUAUCCCAACUGCUGUGGGUCGAUAGAUGGAAAACAUAUCCGAAUAAUCAAACCUGAACAUUCUGGAUCUCUGUUUUAUAAUUACAAAGACUAUUUCUCAGUUGUGUUACUUGCGCUUGUAGACGACAACUACAAGUUUUUAGCAAUAGAUGUUGGUUCCUAUGGAAAAGAAGGUGAUGCAGGCAUAUUUGCUAAAUCUGUCUUAGGACAAAGACUUUCAGAAGGAACAUUCAGAUUUCCUGAACCAGCUAUACUUCCUGGAACUGACACUCUAAUGCCACACGUUAUUUUGGGUGAUGAAGCUUUUCAGCUGACUUCCUCAGUAAUGCGUCCUUACCCAAGGGCACAAUCUAAAUGUGAUGAAGAAAAAGCAAUAUAUAAUUAUCGCCAUUGUAGAGCUAGACGUACGUGUGAAAACGCUUUUGGAAUACUUUGCCAAUAUUUUAGAGUAUUUUUCACUGCCAUCGCCAUCAAGCCUGACACAGUGGAUCUUCUGGUCAUCGCAUCAUGCAUAAUACAUAAUCAUCUAAGAUCUGCAAGAAUUCCAUGCCCGGGUGAAGAAGAGGACCGAAAUGUGUGUCUCCCUACUGAAAAUAUGAUACCCAUGGCAAGACAAGGACGUAAUUCUACUCAUCUUGCGUAUAGCAUACGAGACAAAUUUAAAAAUUACUUUUGCAGCCAAGAAGGACAAGUAAGCUGGCAAUUAUAUCAUGUGAGGAAAACAAGUUAAAAAGUAUUUUUCACGUGAAGAAAGGGUAAAUGCAAAUGUUAUUCUUUUCUUUAAAAAAAAAUAUAUUCUCUUUGUGCUAUAGUAAUGCUGUGUAUUUUUGUAUUUGAGUGUAAAAUUUGUAAAUAUAAUAUGUCAAAAUAGAUAAUUUAUUAGCAAAUGUGCCAUUAUCCUUAGUAUUGACAUAAAAUUAAGUAACUAUAAAUAGGAAAACAUAUGAUUAUAAACUUCAAAAAACAUAAUUUUUGUUGUGCAUUUAGAAGAAUAAGACAUAAUAUUAUCAAACUUAAAAAAAGAUAGAAAACAAUUUAUUGUGAUAACUUGCCCUAGGCUCACCUACUACUUCAAAAUGGAACAUAUUUUAUUUCCACAUUUCCUGGUGCACACCGACGUAAAUUAUUUUUGGUUUAGUUUAAACACUGCAUAAAAUAUUUUUUAAACUUGGCCUAUUUUUAAAUAAGUAACAACUAUAUAGAACCGUAAGAUGUUUUUUUAAUGCAGUAAGAACAUUUUUUAAGACCACGUUUUAUGAGCCAUAGUAUUUAUUUUAUUAUUAACACAGAUAUUAAACUCUCUACUUACCACCUUUGUUUAAAGAAGCUGCAAUUUCCUUCCACACAUUUUCUCGAACAAUACUGUCUUUGUACUUGCAGUGAUGCAAAUCAUAUAACACACGAUGCUCCCUUACUAAAUCAAUCAAUUUCUCGUCCUGUUCUGCAGUAAAACUCUUUGACUCCAGAUAAAUCGCAUGCGUGAUCACGCUGAAGUCGGGGGCCAGGCAACUGCUGCGCGAUGCCCAUCCGCGACACGCAGCCGCGGCGAGCGGGAAACCCCCGCUUGCGCGGCCUUGGAAAUCAUCCCCGUUUCAACACACAGGUUCAAGUGCUGCGUGGUCACGCAGUGACGCAUCACGCAUCGCGCAUCGCGCAUGCGUGGUCCUUGGAAAACG